AUGCAACCCCCUCCGCAGAGCCUCGUCCCUCCUCGCACGAAUCGCCCCUCGCGCGCCGAAACCCAAGCCGCCCUUGCAGCGCAGGUCGACCGAGCCCUACAGGCCGACGAGCACGGCGCCACGCUCAAGCUGCACCCGCACAGCAAGACGAUGGAAACGGUCGUCGGCGCGCUGCCGCUGUCGCCCGUCAUGGACCCGGCGUGGAUCGAGGCGAAGCGGCGCUUCCGCACCCCCAAGCCCAAGACGCCCGCUCACACCUAUCUCGGCCGGUUCAGGAAGAAGCUCUACCUCAACCCGUACG